UCCUCCCCCGCGCCCUCAGCCAUUUUAGCAAGCCGGUACCACCGCCGGUAGCGCUGUGAUCUCCGCCGGCAGCGCCGGGGCUGGGCACGAUUUUUUUCUGAGUUUAUCAACCUGCUUACCUGGAAACAUUUGAAUUGCAGUUGUGUUCAAGUUUUACUAUAGAUCUAAUCAACCUGAAAAAACCUCAGUCAUCAGUGUGAGAUCCCUUGUGUCUACUGUUGGCCCUCAAAGGUUACUAAAAUUUUUGCAGCUGCUCUGAAUCAGCACUACCUAAGCUUCACCUACUGUUGCUUCUCCCUACACCGCUCUGCACUGCUGCCUUGCUCUUGCCUGCUUCAGAACUCCAUAAGAGAGUUCUUUUUUAAAUACCCGCAGUGAAAUUUAGGCUAGAAAUGUGUGCCAUUUUCUUGCUGCCUGUAUACUUGUUAAUCUGGUUGUACAGUAUGCUGGUAUUUAUUCCCUGGUAUUUUCUUACCAAUGCCAAGAAGAAAAAGGCUAUGGCAAAGCGGUUAAAAGCUAAACCCAUCUCGGACAAGCCAGGGAGCCCCUACCGCUCUGUCACUCACCUGGAUUCACUAGCAAACAUAAACAUCCCUGGAGCAGACACCCUGGACAAGCUCUUUGACCAUGCUUUAGCAAAGUUUGGGAAGAAGGACUGUCUUGGAACCAGGGAAAUUCUGAGUGAAGAAAAUGAAAUGCAACCGAACGGAAAAGUAUUCAAAAAGUUAAUUUUAGGAACUUAUAGAUGGUUAUCCUAUGAAGAAGUAAAUGAGAAUAUUACUUGCUUGGGGAAUGGACUGACUGCCCUGGGACUAACCCCGAAGAGCACCGUUGUCAUAUUUUGUGAGACCCGAGCUGAGUGGAUGAUUGUAGCUCUCACCUGCUUCAAGUACAACUUCCCUCUUGUCACCCUUUAUGCCACCCUGGGUGAAGAGGCGGUGACCUACGGUCUCAACGAGUGUGGAGCAUCAUACCUGGUCACAAGUGUGGAACUCCUUGAGAGCAAACUUAAGACUGCACUGCCACAGGUUUCCUGUCUGAAACAUAUAAUUUAUGUGGACACGAAGACGAUAAAUAAAUCAGAAUACCCUGAAAACGUGGAGAUUCAUAGUAUGCAGGCAGUAAAAGAGCUGGGAGCCAAACCAGAAAACUCAAGCAUUCAGCCAAGCAGACCUGUUCCUACAGACUUGGCUUUAGUAAUGUACACCAGUGGCUCUACUGGGAGACCCAAAGGAGUGAUGAUGAUGCAUAAAAACUUAAUAGCUGGAAUGACAGGACAAUGUGAGAGAAUACCUGGACUGGGACCCAAGGACACUUACAUUGGUUAUUUGCCUCUGGCCCAUGUGUUAGAACUGACAGCAGAAGUUUCCUGCAUCACUUACGGCUGCAGGAUCGGUUACUCCUCUCCUCUCACUCUGUCAGAUCAGUCGAGUAAAAUUAAGAAGGGAAGCAAAGGAGACUGUACUGUACUUAAGCCUACACUGAUGGCAGCUGUGCCUGAAAUAAUGGACAGGAUUUAUAAAAAUGUCAUGAGUAAAGUUCAAGAGAUGAACUAUAUUCAGAGAACUCUGUUCAAGAUAGGCUAUGACUACAAAUUGGAACAGAUCAAGAGGGGAUAUGAUGCACCUCUCUGUAACAUACUACUGUUUAAAAAAGUAAAGGCCCUGCUGGGAGGGAAUGUCCGUAUGAUGCUUUCUGGAGGAGCACCACUCUCACCUCAGACACAGAGAUUCAUGAACAUCUGUUUUUGCUGUCCUGUUGGUCAAGGCUAUGGACUUACAGAAACAUGUGGAGCUGGAACCAUUACAGAAGUUACUGAUUACAGCACUGGCAGAGUUGGAGCUCCUCUUAUUUGUUGUGAAAUAAAACUGAGAGACUGGCAAGAAGGGGGCUAUACUAAUAAUGACAAGCCUAAUCCUAGAGGAGAAAUUAUAAUUGGUGGACCAAAUGUCUCCAUGGGAUAUUUUAAAAAUGAAGAGAAGACCACAGAAGAGUUUUCUGUUGAUGAGAAUGGCCAGAGAUGGUUCUGUACAGGAGAUAUUGGGGAAUUUCAUCCAGAUGGGUGUCUGCAGAUCAUAGAUCGUAAGAAGGACUUGGUAAAGCUCCAAGCAGGAGAAUAUGUAUCUCUGGGCAAAGUAGAGGCAGCACUGAAGAACUGCCCAUUAAUUGACAAUAUCUGUGCUUAUGCCAAAAGUGACCAGUCCUAUGUGAUCAGUUUUGUGGUCCCUAACCAGAAGAAACUGACUGCAUUGGCUGAGCAGAAAGGCAUCAGUGGAACCUGGGUGGACAUUUGUAACCAUCCUGCAAUGGAAGCAGAAAUACUGCAAGAGAUCAAAGAAGUGGCAAACAAGAUGAAAUUAGAAAGGUUUGAAAUACCCAUCAAGGUCCGGUUAAGCCCUGAACCCUGGACCCCUGAGACUGGGUUAGUAACAGAUGCUUUCAAGCUGAAAAGGAAAGAACUGAAAAACCAUUACCUCAACGACAUUGAAAGAAUGUACGGAGGCAAAUAAACAGCUCUGCUGACCUGGCAGGUGGUUCCUUCUCAUGCCUCAGUUUUGGAUGUCUGUGUAUACUGUAGAUAUCACACAUUCAAAAAAUACACCAAAUGGAUGACUGUUUCUAUAAUCUCUAUCAAGUAAAACAGAGAGUAUCUUAGACUCCAAAUUCUUAAUUAUUAGCAGAUUAGACAUUGAUGGUCUUCACAGAGUUUCAUGUGAUCAUCUCCAGUUUUGAGACAGACAUCAUUAUGUGAAGCAGUGUGACCAGGUAAUUUUAUUGUUUCUCUAGCAUAUUCAGACUGCUUACAACUUCUCCCUAACUCAUGCUGAAGUCUGGCCUAUAUUUCAAAGAGAAAAAAAUAAUGUAAUUGUGAUGAUUCUUCUGUUAUAAUGAGACACUUCUAAUAAGAUAUUUCCCUCUAGCAAGGAGGGAAAAGGAGUAUCUACCCUUCUCCAUUUAAAAACAAAACCAAGACAACAGCAGCAGUCAAGAACUUGCUAGAGAUCACUAAAAACACACUGCUUGAGAAUGGAUGGAUUCUUCUGCACAUCAGUAUCUUGAAUAUUUACAGUGCCUACAAAAGAAUAGAAAGUACACUUAUUGAAGCAAAGGUGAACUGAAAAGCUUUCUACAAAACAAGUUAUAAGAAAUUUCACUCAAGAGCACUGAAUUAACUAUUUCAACUUCCAACUCACCAAAUAGAUUUUUAAUUACCACUGCAUUUUAAUUCAAACAGAGCUUUCCACUGGACACAGAGUGAGAAAUCAGUGCCUGAAUGCAGAACUUGCAUCUGGAUUAGCAAACAGCUGUGAAACUGGUGGGAAGUGGUCUCUAAACAGACUUGAAACUCAGAGGAGUUUUGGUGUGUUUUUUUGAGAGGUGAUUGAUACUUUUAAGGCACUGAUCCUCUAGACAUGAGUACUGGUACAGGUUACCUGGACAUAACGUAGAGGAUCAGGUUUUACAUGUCUGCAUUCCUUUAUGGAAAGUAUUUCUGUUCACCUUUUAACUGUGGUAAGCAUGACAAGGCAACCAGAAAACAACAGGAGUUUCCCUGUCUAGUUUUGUUUUACUUAUAGAAAAGUAGUCUGUGACCAGGGAAUCUUUGUUUCCUGGAAACUUGUAAAAAGGGACAAAUCACUCUUUCCAGAAAUCUAUUAUAAAAAUGUUCUCUUAUUAACUGGAAGUGAAGAAGGAGGAUGAUGUAAUUUAAUAAUAGUUCAUCAUUUUGUGUGCCGAAUCCUGUACUGUGUUUUCGUUUGAAUUGUAACUGAGCUUCUGCAUCCUUGCCAGCUCUUCACACUUGAACCAUAAGUGCUGUAAAAAGUGGAGGCUGUUGAUACUGUUCUACUUUGCACUUUCUUAAUCAUUUUAUAUAUGUUGCUUACAUUUUGUAAUGUUGCUUACAUUUUGUACAGCUGUGGCCCUCGACUGCUCUAUAUUGCAAAUUAAUUUGAAAGUAUUUAUAGAUUUCUAUUCAUAAUAUUUGUGUUGUGUAUAUUAUGGUUAAAAAAUUAUUUGGUAUUGUCACUGUACAGAAAGUAAAAGAUUUUGUACAUUGCUUCUCUUGAACACACAAGCUUGCAAUUUCAGGACAAGUUUCUCCUUUUCUGCAUGUAUAUGUAUUUUUAUUUCCCCGUUAAAAUAGACUUUGGCAAAAAUAAAUGAUGGCUCUACACUCUUCAAGUAAACCAUCCCUUCUCCUGGAGGCAAACUUCCAACUUCACCAUGCAUAAUUUUCUCUGGCUAGUCCAGGACACUGCCAGCUCACCUUCCAAGAACCCCAAGGGGAAAGAGAGAAAGAAAAUCUGGUAUAUAAAGGUGACAGUAUCAGUUGUGCAUGGAACUGCAAGAGUCACUAAAAGAAACAACAAAACAGCUUUUCUAAAAAAUUAAUUUUUUAUAAGAUGCAGACAGUUGUUUUAUUGUUAACAGGAAAUAAUUCCUGUAUCAGUAGAAACUUUUAAAAUUACUUGGUCCUAGAGCCAUGGUACCAAUUUUUCCAUGUUUUAAAACUGGUCUCUAUUAAAUGGCCUUUAGUCAACCUAUUAGCAUCACAAAAGUGAAAUAGAUGUAAGAAAGAUACUUACACUCAAGUCUGUCAGUAGGUUCUAAUACUAUUUUUUUUAAGCCAUGAAUGUAUUUAUAUGAAAUGUAUUUUAUUUUUUGUGUCCUGGUCGACUGAGGAUCGCUAUUUCUAAAAUAUGUAUACACACAUACACAAUGUUAACAUUUCAAAAGUGGAAUACAACUUAAAUGGUUCAACAAGCUUGUGUUUAUAUCUUUAUAUUACACAGGCUCUCGUUCCUGUUCCGUGCCUCACAUUCUGUCUAAAACUGAGCCUACCUUACAAAGACUGCUCAAAAGCAGCAGCACUGAGUCCAUACUUCUGGUAAUAAAAAUCAAGCCUCAAUCAGGCCUGGUUUUUCUUGUAAGGAAUGAACUAGAGGUGAAUGUACUGCAAAACACUAUUUGCUGCAUCAUCAGCUUUUCAAGCACCUUUGGAGAAGGGGAAGGAUUACAUCAGGCUGCCUUCAAAUACAGGGAUUGUUUGCAAAUACGGGGAUUGUUUGCAAAUACCUUGCAGCUGGGCAAGAACUUUAUCUUUCAUUUUAAUGAAGGAUAAAUCCUUUUUGUGACAGCUUGUGGAGGAGAAACAGAAUGAGCAAGACUGUUUAAUUCUUGCUAUUAAAAAGAAGGAAAUAGGAUGCAGAUGAAGAGCUAGAAGAUCACUUCAAAAUCAUUAUGUGAUAGCUACAGAUGUUACAGGUGCUGUUUAUCUUGUGCUGGGCUGAAAGGAUGUACACCACAGGACUGAAAUGUGUGGGAAAGGUUCAUGUACUGCUGAGGGUUCUGGAAUGCUGGAAGUUCUUCAGCAAGCAGGUUAAGAAUUUUAAAUCAUUCCUCUAAGACUGAGGAAGCAAGGUCAAAGAGAAACAAAAUUCAGUUUGGGCAUACCUCGUGUAAGAUUAUAUUUAGGCCCUGUACCUCAAAAUACACUGUCUGGCUAGAUGUGUAAAGCCAGAGUGUAACUACCACAACAGGGAGACUAGAAAACUUAAGCUGUGAAGGAAGAUUAGAGUUGUCUAGCUGGCCUGAGAAGGAAUGGCACAUGCCAUUAGAUGAUUAACCUGCAGCUCCAUGUACAGUUACUCUGAUAAAGGCACAAAGAGCCAAAGGGAAAGAGGAAGAACAGGGUGUAAGUUUGCACAAAUGGAUGAAAUGGAUGAUUUAGUGUUUUAGAAGAAACACAGGAUUUUAAACCAAUUCCUUACUAAAUACUGAACUAGUUGUCCUAGAUCUUUCCCACUGAAAGUCUUCAGAGCCUUAGCAUCAAUGACAGUUCAGCAAAGCCUUUGAGGAACAGCCUUGGCACAGACCCCUGGGUGGGGCUGGCAGGGACAGGUCCUGCACGUGGCACAACAGGAAUGAUGUCUGUAACAGGCACAGACAUCAUUAAGUGGCUUGAAAGGGAAAAAAAUGAGCCUAAACAGGGAGAGGAAGGAGUUACUCCCUUAGGAGCAGGUGAGGUGGUGUUUAACCACCCCACGCAAUCACAGUGCCCUUGACAGCCACUCAGAGCAUAACCUGCAGGGUACUGCCUGCCAGCUCCCCCAGCACAAACUGCAAUUCCUAGCACACUGGCAGGCUAUAAAAUGAACAGAAUACCAGUUCAGAAUGUGGGUCACUCAUUUUCAUUAGCAAAAAAGAAAAAAAAAAAAAAAAAAAGAGAAAAAAACCCGUACCUACCACAUCUCAGAACAAUAGCUUCAGAUAACUGUGUUGUACUCUAACAAUAACUUAGUGUUGUUUUGCAAUUACAUGCAAAACAAGAAAUAAAUUCUUAUUAUGUAUUUGG